AUGGACAAUGGCGUUUUCUAUUAUUUUUCGCAUCUGCCGGUUGAACUGCGUCUGGCCGUUUGGGAUGCCGCCCUAUCUGCAGGUUCAGUUUUAGGGAUUGAAGAAGUCAACAGGCGCGCAGGCAAAGAAUAUCUGCUGCUGAAUCCCUUUAUCGGGUGGGAUGCAUCGGACAUGAGCCAAGUCUGUCGGGAAUCACGUCUUGUGGUGAUACAGCGCUGCGAGAAGAUCAAACUUCCUCGAUUCCUGCAUUACAUCUCCGCCGAACGGCCUGUGCAUUGGGUCGACUUUUCUCGCACGACUUUCCACCUUGAGCCUGUACCGAAUCGCGAUUACUACUACGCGAUCAAUGACUUCCUAAAUCUGCACCAGACAUAUGCUUCCAAAUUGCAAUACAUGAGUUUUGAAUACGUUGGCUGGCCACCUUUCGGGCCAAUCUGUGCCUGCCUCGCUGAUUAUUGGACUUCUCUCAAGGCCAUCUUCAUAUUGGCACACGAGGACGUUUUUGGUGUCGACACAGGACACCACGGCCAUGUGGUAGAUGAUGAGGACAACCGAUGGGUAUUGCCUGGAAGCGUGCUGGGAUACGAUGAAAGCCAGUGGUCAGCAGUUCCGCCACGAGCGUCGAUUUCCGACACUCUAGACGUUGGGCUGUCAUGCAGCAGUAUUCACGGUGGGCCACUCCUUGUACUUCCCAUAGGAUAUUCUUGGUAUACUACGGUCGGUCGGUCAGAUUUGCGCGAACGACGUGUUGCGACAUCAGUAUAG